AUGACUACUCCCAAGAAUGUUGUUUUCGACGUUGUCGGCACGCUCGUCUCAUACGAACACCUCUUUGAGGCCAUUGACGAACGACUUGGUGAGAAGCUCCGGGCCCGAGGUAUCCUCCCCAGACUUCUCGGAUGGUGUUGGCUGGAGGUAGCCGAGCGCGAGUACACCUAUCUUUCCAUGUCUGGGCGUUACGUGGUGUUCUACAAGGUCUUUACAGCUUUGUUCUAUCGAUGCCUCCACUACGCUGGCAUUGAGAACCCCCGCUCAUUCGCAAGCGACGAAGACGUGACUUACCUGAUUGAUGAGUGGAAAAAGCUUCAGUUGAGAGAAGGAGCCGCUGAGUGCAUUACUAAGCUUCGAAAUGCUGGUUUCACCGUAUGGUGCUUCACGGCCGGCGACAUUGCUCGUGUGGGAGGCUACUUUUCUCGUGGCGGGGUCGAUAUGCCCGCUGAAAACCUGCUCUCGUGCGACACUUCCGGGUUGGCCAAACCGACCCCAGAAGCUUACACCCCUAUCUUGGAAAAGCUCUCCGCCGGCGGUGGUAAGCCCUGGUUUGCGGCAGCGCAUCUGUGGGAUGCGUCAACAGCAAAGACCGUUGGAUUCAAUGCGGCAUACUGCACUGCCAUGGAAGGAGAGGCGCUACCUGAGAUCUUCGGAGAAAUGGAUGUAGUGGCAGAAACACUACCCGCUAUGGCAGAUAAGAUGAUUGCCACCUUGGAAAAAUAG